AUGUCCGCCAAUCACCAGAUGCACCACAGCACCAACGACACGUCAUCACCUGCUCCUGGCGGCAAGUUCCGGCCGAGCCGUAGCAGCAGCAGCGGAAACAUACCCGCAAAUGCCGUCGCAUCUGGCGGGCGCUUUAAUCACGGUGGCACUGCCAGCGAGAAUUCAUGGAUCAGAAAGGCCGUAAGCGGCGGCAGCAGUGACGGCGGCGGCGGCGGUGGCGGCAGUGGCGGGGGUAGCGGCGGGUGGGGUCCUUCGAACAGGGGCAGGCAGGCAGCGACUGGCCGUGGGAGCGACGCGUUGGGAAACAGCGACGCGAGGAGCAGCGGCGGCGGAAGCAGCAGCGGCUUCGGCGGCGGUGAGUGGAAGACGCGCGGCGACGCAUGGGGAAGCAACCGCGCGGAGGAGGAAUGGGGGGGGCGCGGGGGAGGCGGCGGAAGAGGGGGAGGCGGGGGAUGGGGGGGAGGCGGCGGAAGGGCGCCAAGGUGGGGGGAAACGACUUCGUACAGUGGGCGGCGUGAUAAUGGCGGGGGAAGAGGGGCCAAUGCAGCUGGUUACAGUAACCCCGCACCUGCUGGCAAAUUGAUGCCAGCUGGCAUCCUAGACCUCUACCGCCGGGACCUUGGUGCGAACCAGCGGUUGCAUGGGCAGCUUCUGGCGGAUGAUGAUGUGAGGCGAGCCAUGGAAGGGCUUUUUUAUGCGAUGCGAGGUGAGGGAGAGGGGGUUGAGGGGUUAGUUUGUAGCGGGCAGCUUCUGGCAGAUGAUGAUGUGAGGCGAGCCAUGGAAGGGCUUUUUUAUGCGAUGCGAGGUGAGAAUGGGGGGGUUUGGAUGGGGGGAAAUGGAUGGAGCGUAGUGAGGGAGAAUACGGGUGAUGAUGUGAGGCGAGGUAUGGAAGGGCUGUUCUAUUCCAUGCGUGGUGAGAGGGGAAGGGGUGGUGAGGGCGGGGGUGUGGAAGGAGCAGAGGAGGAGGGUUGGUGCAUGCGGCACCACCCCAUCGGCCACUUUCUCUCCUCCUCCCACACUUUCUUCCUGUAUCUCUCUUUCUCCCCCUCGCCCCCAGCCGCCGUCUGUUUGACGAUCUGCAGUGGUGCGCACACCACCACCCACCCCAUCGGCCACUGGGACGCCAUGGCUGGGCCAUCUCCAAGUUCUUCCUCCCCUCUUCCAAUCCUCUUUCUCUCUCCCCCCCGCUCCCUUCCCCCUGGCUUUCUUCUUCCCAGGCUGCACGCUCCUCCUUUCUCCCAGCCGCCGUCUGUUCGACGACCUACAGUGGUGCGCACGGCACCACCCCAUCGGCCAUUUGCUCUCCUUUAUCUCUCUCCUCCUCCUCCUCCUCCUCCUCCUCCUCCUCCUCCUCCUCCUCCUCCUCCUCCUCCUCCUCCUCCUCCUCCUCCUUUCCCGUUCCUACAACCCCCAACCAACCAGGUUGCUCGCUCCUUCUCUCCCCAAGCCGCCGUCUAUUCGAUGACCUACAGUGGUGUGCGAGGCACCACCCCAUCGGCCACUUGUCUCUCCCUUUCCCCCCACGCACACCCCGCCUUCCCUUCCCUCCCAGGAUGCACGCUCCUUCUCUCCCCAAGCCGCCGUCUAUUCGACGAUCUGCAGUGGUGCGCGAGGCACCACCCCAUCGGCCACUGGGACGCCAUGGCUGGCCCAGAUGAGUAUUUCAUCUCCAAGUUCUUCUUGGAUCGCGGGGUGCCGUGGACGCAUGUUCACAUGCGGUUCGGAGCCAUAUCAUGGGUGGUGGAUGAGGCAUUACAGGGCCAGGCCCCUCCCGUGUUCAUCCAUUACGUCAGUGAGAAGCCAUGGGUCGCCCCUGCUGUCACCUCCACCGCCCCUGCUGCCCCCACUUCUACAGUGAAAACGUCUACACCUGCUGUGACUUCUAUAGUGACUAAUUGGUCAGACUUCUUAGUGUGGGACUCUAUAGCGGAGCAGGUGGUGGGGCUGCUGCAGGCAGCAGGGGAGGAGGAGGCGGGUGCUGCCAGCAGGCUGUUUGCGGGGUGGGACGCGAGGAGGAAGCUUCCUGUUGUGUUCCCAGAGAAGCAGGGUUGA